GACCUUGAGAAGUGGCGCUGACUCGAAAUCCUACAACUGUACAAUAGCUAAAUGGGAUCUAAUAGUAGUAGUCUUGUGAAUGUUUCUGAGGAUGAGCCAUUACAAAAGUUUGUUGGACUAGAAGAAAUACCACCCGACAGUGAUUACUGGAAAGAGUUUUUGUCUUCAGUCAGUUCACUGACGUUUGUUAAAAGAUCUUAAAAAGAAUAAUCUCUGCUCCCACAACAUUCCCAAUCUCACUCAGUUCCUCAUAUCACAGAUGUCAGAACUGAUGGGAUGCUCAGUGAUAUGCGAAGAUACUAUUUUGACUGUCCAAAAUGGGCUCCUUAUUCUCCGUCUAUCGGUAAAGUAUCUCAUGGAACACAGUUCCGAAGCCAGGUUUUUUUCCCAUUUUACCGUAACUUCAUCAGAGGAUCGACAUUGUUUAUCUGUAAUCGAAUGCUUGUUCCCUGCGCUUUUUAAGCUUAUUACUACUCUGCCUAUACAGGACAAUACCUACCUGUUACAUUGUGAAGCACACUUGUUGUGUAUAGUUUUACUUUCUCGUCAAAUGUAUAAAGAAUUGUCUGCUCCUUUGCCGCAAAUUUACGUUUCUGUCGUUUGGGGAAAGUGUGCACCUCUUGCUCCUGCUUUGGUUUGCCGUUUGAUAUCUAACUUCUCAGAGAAUCGACCUGUUCCCUCACUGUUGCAUGGCAUCGAACAAUAUAGUUUGAUUUGGCGGGCAGCAUCGUCGAUUGCAGGUGGUUUGCUCACCAUUGUCACGCUUGGUGGCUAUUUUAGUCGCAGCACUAACACCUCAACAAAGUUUGAGACACUGAAUAAUUCUCAUGUUACGAUUGUAGAACCAGCGAAAGUUACUCCUGCCACCGAUCUUAUAACAUCUGAAUCAACUACCAAAUCUGUUGACCAAUGUUAUUUAUUAUCAAAUGUCAGCUCAUUACUAUUGUUAGUACUUACUACUCAGGCUGGAUCUAUUGAGAAAUCACUAUCAAUGUAUUCUGAAAAUGGUAUUAAAGACUCCAAUCCUUUAGGCCGUAAUCCAUACAGAAAUACACUUUUUUGUUUACAAGAUGAAACUAUCCAAAAGAAUCAAGUGGAUUCCAUUAUGGACUCAACUCAUGUACUACCCAAGUCAACGCCUCGAUUACAACCAGGUGGGGCUACAUUGAAUGGACAUUUGAAUAUUGUAACCCAUUCGUCAUCACCUUACAUAAAUUUCACUGCAAUCUGUGAUACAGCUGCUUCAACUUUAUCACAAGAUAGUAGCCCGUUGCUGUUAUACCUUUUGUUACAUCGAAAUGCAAACUUUCAUACAUUCAUUAUGCAAGAUAGAGGAUAUGAGAAAUUAUUACCACCACUAUUAAAUAUUCUCUACAAAUCACAAUCACAUAACUCACAUCUCGUCUAUAUGGCGUUAAUUCUGCUACUUAUAUUUACUGAGAAUGAACAAUUUGGACGGGAAAUACACACAACAGAAAUCAAAUGGGUUCAGUGGUCAGCAAAUCGUCGACUAUCAAAUGUUUCCUAUGGGAGUUUAACUGUUUUAGUGCUUUGUCGUACCAUUCAGUAUCAUUUAAAUCAAUUAAAGGACAAAUACCUUCAUGUGAAUAUUUUGGCAGCUUUGGCUAAUUUGUCGCCGCGAAUCACCAAACUUCAUCCAUAUGCUUGUGAUACAUUAGUCAAUCUUCUACAAUUAUUAAUCAAGCGUCAUAAUAAAACUGUCGAUGUUCUGCGUAAAAUGUCUGAUGAUGACCAAUCACAGUCAGUUGGUGAAGUUACCAAACUGUUAUCUCAUAUAUCACUCACAUCAUCUUCCACUACAGAGGAGGAAAUGGUUCAAGAGUUAGCUUUGUUAGAAGAAGUUAUUCGAAUGUUAUUGGAAAUUAUUAAUUCAAUUCUAACUCAUACAAUGGUAUCUAAUCCCGAUUUAAUAUACUCUUUAUUAUAUAAGAAGGAUUCAUUUGCUCCUUUACGUUCACAUCCGGCAUUUCAGAGUGUGCUACAAAAUAUUGACAUUGUGUUAACACAUUUCUCAAAGAAAAUUGAAGCGGAACUAGGACCUCAGCCAACCCAACCACAGUCUGUUAUGCAAGUAAUUCAGAAAUAUGCCGGCAAUACUCAACGAAGUUGCAAUUUAAAGAAAUUUCCAGAUCUGAAAUUUAAGUAUGUUGAAGAAGAAUCUCCUGAUGAAUUUUUCAUACCUUAUGUUUGGUCUGUUGUACUUCGACAGUCUGGGAUACACUUCAAAUCGGAGUCAUUACUGUUGUUUGGUAGCGAUACUCGGACCAAAAAUGAUGCAUAUGAAAAUAAUGUUGAUGAUGACGACAAUGAUACUCAGCUGAAUCACGGUUUAUCAACACAUAAUCAAGUGGUUGCAUAGGGUUUUCGAUAAACUGGUUGUUGGAGCAGCACUAUGUUUGUGAGUGAAUGAACAAAUCUCACUUUCAUAUAAUCCAUAGUGUUGUUAUUGAUGAUAACGAUGAUAACAAUAAUAAUGACUUUGUUGGGAAUUUUCGUUAUGGAUAUCCCAUUAUCAGCUGUCUGUGAUCAAAUUUCAUUGUUUCGUCUUGUUUUUCCUGUUUCUCUUCUUCACAUUUUGUUUUGUUUUUAGAUAAGUUAUUGUAGGCGUGUUUUAAAAAAAAAACAUUUAACUAAGGCGAAAACGUGUGAUGAACAAUUUUGUUAUUUUACCUAUGGAGAUCGAAAUGUAAUAAAAAGGUUGUUUUAAAAUUGUUUUACGCUCUAUAUACUAUACCAUCAACUGAAUCCUAUUGCAUUUAGUUAGAAAUCAUUGAUUGUACCAUUCAUUGUCAUCUAGUUUUCAUUUUAUCGACGAACAACUGCUCAGAUACUCAUUUCCAGCAUGCGCAUAUAUUUGAUGCGCACCAGAUAUAUUUUUGCGUGUUUAAAGGCGUGACUCAACUUUUAGGCAGAGUUAAUUGUUUAAGAAACGUGCACGUCCAAUCGAGCACCCAGCGACCCCUCGUACAGUAGGCAAUGGAC